GAAUGCAAGAAUCCUUGUUGUGAUGCAUCGACGUGCCGUCUUACUGAAGGAUCCCAAUGUGCCCAUGGACUCUGCUGCGACAACUGCCAGUUUGCAGUGUCUGGAAGCGUGUGCAGGAAGACGUCGAGAGACUGCGACUUGCCUGAAUACUGCACGGGAGUGUCGCAGGAUUGUCCCGAAGACAGAUUCGAGAUGAACGGCAAGCCGUGCUACGACCAGGCGCAGGGCUACUGCUACGACGGCCGGUGUCCCACGUAUGAGCAGCACUGCUGGAGGCUGUUUGGACAAGGGAGCAGAGUUGGACCGGAUAUGUGUUUUGACCUGAACAAACGAGGCGAGGAAGGUGCUAACUGUGGGAGGAGCAGAACAGGCUACGUCUCCUGUGCUAGACCGAAUCUUAAGUGUGGAUCUAUGUUUUGUGUCGGAGGCGGGGACUCCAUCACGGGUAAAAGAGCUUCUUACACCAUUUACGGCCUCGAGUGUAAAGUAGCCGUGGACGACGACAAAACCAGAAACAUGGACAUGGUGCCAGAAGGAACCAAAUGUGGACCAAAUAAGGUUUGCUCAGACAACAGAUGUGUGGAUGUGUCCGUCUACGGCAAGAGGGAGGACUGUGCGAAGAAAUGCAACAACAACGGGGUGUGUAAUCACAAGGAGGAGUGCAGCUGUGACCCCGGCUGGGCGCCGCCGUACUGCGACAUCCAGUAUGCAGAUUUACCUCAAGGCCAGAGUGUGAUCAUCGCUGGUGUGUGUGCGGUGCUCUCCGUCCUCCUGCUGAUCACGGCUGUGAUCGUGGGGCUGAUGUGCUGCAAGAAGGACAAACAGGAAAACUACAUCUGCAAAAGGAAGGUGCACUCGGCCCCGGGGAAGUUGAACCCGAUGUUCCAGGAGCCGAGUGUGAAAGACAGACCUCAGAUCAGCCUGCCCACCUUCAUGGACUCCACGGCAACACACGUGUGCACUCCUCUGAUGGUCACUGUGAGUCCCUGCAGACCGGCUCCACAGCCACCAAAGAAACCGUCUGCAGCGUUGUCGACCUCGCAGGCCGAGCCGACAAAACCUCAACCUCCGUGUAAACCUUUACCCCCUCUGAGUAAAACUCAGUGUAAUGCAUCACAUCCUCCUCCUGUACCUCCGGUCAAGCCCAGCCCUCCUCCGGCUGCCAGACCCAAACAGUGCCCUCCUCCGAUGCCCCCCGCCAAGCCGCAACCUCACAAACCAGCAUGAAACUCUUAAAGAGAAUCCAGUUUGACGCCCACACUGCAGCUGUACUUUCAGAGGGAGAGAGCGGGAUCGAACUCGUGUGAACGCAGAGCCUUUAAAAGACGAUGUGCGUGACCCCGGCUGCUCUCACUGAGGACGUCUUUGAUGACAUGAGACCAAAGAAUCAGAGCUGCAGGGGGAGACUCUGCAUGAACUGGUGCUGCCUCGCUCUCUCUUUGUCGUUUGUUCUUAAACAUCUCGUCUACUGUAUGCUUCCUUUGUAUUUGAACCUUAAGUUAUACUUUACUUUUUUUUUUUUUACCAAAGAGCAAAAACAUGCUCACAUGAUGUUUCCUCUUCUAUUUAUUAAACGUUACACAAGGGACCGCACAAAGGAGGAGAGUCUAUGCAGCCUCCUCCUGCUCCGCUCAGGUAUGAGUGAACGCUUUACUCCGGCUGAUCGCUCACUUUUCUCUUUCUUUUAGCUCGGUUUUUAGUCUCCUCUACCUCCGAUAUCCGUCUCUUUAUCCGCUCAAUGCUGCACUGUUUUCCCUCACUUCAUUUAUUUGAGUCUAGUGAUCUGUGACUUUUUUACUUCGGCAUCUCUUCACGUUUAAUUGUCAAAUAACGACAAUUAAACUUUAUUCCAGUUUUUAUUGAAAAAUAAGUCAACGCUUCAGAUUCAGGUAAUCGUUUUCUACAAAUAAGUUUUCUUACACUCCCUAAAGCUGGCCACACAUCAGAUGAUUUUAGGCCUGAUUUGCCCCCGAAAAAGAUCAGGGGGCAUGGCCUGAUUAUAUCCCAUUUUUUUGUGUGAUGUCACUACGAUUAUUUUACUGCUUCCCCGCCAAUCGGAAUUGUAAAUAUCGAAUGUUUGACAUUUACGAUUCCAGAUCAGAUUGCCUCAGACGUCAUACCCGAAGCAGCCAAUGGGAGCAAGCAACCGGGCGUUGGGUUCUCCGACAUCUCGCACUCAGCUCGCUCUGCAAACCGUAUAAAGCCGCUCAUGAUCCGUCUUCUCAGCCAGGAUCUCAACCGUGUUGUUUUUCUAAUUUUUCUGUUUUUCGCUGUAAAACAAAACUCAGCAGGGGGGCGAUGUCGGUCGUCCUCCAUAUUUGUUUUUCUUCUGGAAGUCAAGUCAUCGUUUCUACAAACUGCAGGUGUGUGUGGUCUCUCUGUCUGUCCGAGUCGUCUAAGUGAGUGUGUUUGGAGGAUUAAGAUAUUUAAAAAUCAAGAAAAGUGUCCUCAUGUCUGUGGCCAGCUUGAACUCUCUAAAGCCAGUCCGUGCCUUCUACACAAAUCCAUUUCUUUGCACUGUACUUGAAAACCGAUGAAUGGUACGCACUGUUUGGGAAGCUUUGCACACUUCAGAUGAUCUGUGUGUGUGUGUGUUUUAUGUCUUCAGGUUUAGAGCGCCUCGAGGAGCCAGUAUUUCCGUCUCUUUUUUUUUUUACUGCACUGAUAACUUGUAGAGGAAAGGUCACUGGGUGUUUAUACCUUGUAGGUGUCACUUUCCAACAAGACCGCCUUUGUUGCAACAAAUAAAGAGCACUUUUUUAAAUUUACGAGUAUGGCGUCAAAAGAUUAAAUAAUGCAUCACUGUGAAGAAGUCGACAUGACAAAGGAUUGAUUAUCUGCUGAUUUUUAAUGAUGUGAGUUGCAUAAUGAUUAAACAUUUCCUCUCUAUGGA